AUGCACAGAACAUACUCUCUCCGAAACAGCAGAGCUCCUACCGCUGCUCAGCUCGCCUCCCCUCCUCCUCCCACCUCUUCUACUAAGAGCGGACGAUUCUUCGGCAAUGGUUCCAUUGUCCACUCUUUCCGACGAUCCGCCGCCGGCUCCAUGGGCCCCGAUCUCGCCCGAAAGCUCGCCCAGCUCGUCAAGAUGGAGAAGAACGUGAUGCGAUCCAUCGAGCAGCAGGCCCGAGAGCGACGAGAGGUUGCCAAGCAGCUGUCUCUCUGGGGUGAGGACGCUGACGAGGAUGUCUCCGACGUCACCGACAAGCUCGGUGUUCUCAUCUACGAGAUUGGUGAGCUCGAGGACCAGUUCAUCGACAAGUACGACCAGUACCGAAUCACCCUGAAGUCCGUGCGAAACAUUGAGGCUUCCGUCCAGCCCUCUCGAGACCGAAAGCAGAAGAUCACCGACCAGAUUGCCCACCUCAAGUACAAGGAGCCCAACUCCCCCAAGAUUAUUGUUCUUGAGCAGGAGCUUGUCCGAGCCGAGGCUGAGUCCCUUGUCGCUGAGGCCCAGCUCUCCAACAUCACCCGAGAGAAGGUCAAGGCCGCUUUCAACUACCAGUUUGACGCCAUCCGAGAGCACUCCGAGAAGCUCGCUCUGAUUGCCGGCUACGGUAAGGCUCUGCUCGAGCUGCUCGACGACACCCCCGUCACCCCCGGUGAGUCUCGACCCGCCUACGACGGCUACGAGGCCUCCAAGCAGGUCAUCAUCGAUGCCGAGAACGCCCUUGCAAGCUGGACUCUGGACCAGGCUUCCGUCAAGCCUACUCUGUCCAUCCGACGAGCUGACGUUGACGACUACGAUGACGAGGAAGAGGAGGGAGCCGAGUGGGCCGAGGACGAGCCUUCCGCCGUUGUGGAGGAGGGCAAGGUUCUUGACGCCUAA